ACAGUUCGCGACGUAGGACGUUUGCUAUUUCUACGGUCUUUCAGCUACCGUGGGUCUUACGCUACUCUCACGAGACGUACCAAAAUAUCUCCCACACACGUGUGCCAGCCAGACAAGCUUCGCGCAGCUGGGCUCGCUCUCCAGUGAAUAUAUAUUUGUAUCGGUUGUGAGAAGAAGGAACAAAACUUUCACUACUUUCUCAAAGACUACUCCGGUCGAAAGACGGAAUCGGCGACCGGUUUAAAUUUUCCUGCCAGUGAAUCCACACGGAAAGGCGAGGAGUUCCAACGGUCGGCCAGACUCCCCCGGUCGCAGUGUUGAAUGGUGUUAACAGUGUAGUGGUACUCAUUAACGCGUCCAGCGGACGUGACUUUGAAAAGUGCAACUUAGUGAGCGGUACGGCACGCAACAGGGGCAGAUUCGACCGGAACCGAACCACCACAAAUCGGAAGGACGGCGAACCCAAAUCAAAAAGAGCCACACAGCAAGUACGAUGAUGGCUGCAACCGACCGGGCGGUAGUGGCGAAACCGUUGUGAAAAACGGAACGGCAACAAGCAGCAAAAAGUCCAAACUUUGCCGAACGCGGAUUAAUGAUUCAAUUAGCCUAGACGCGCCAGAUGGUUUUAGUGAGGUGACGCGAAAGUGACUGGUCAGCUUUGGUGAGAGUGAAAUUAAUCGAGGAAAGUGCGUUCUACUGAAAUUACCAUCGGGAAAAACAGCGGUUGAAAAAAUAGAUUAACCAGGCAGGAAAAACUGCAAUCAGGUGCUGAUAUGGUAAGGUGGAACCUGAUCGUUGAUCAUCUCCAUCAGCAGUUACUAGUUGGCGACAAAAACGGUGACGGUCCGCGAAGAAAAAUGAUGGUCAGUAGGGCAGGCGUAUCGUGUUGGCUGCGGCCAUUGACUGUGAGUCUGUGUCUUGGCUUGGUGAUAAAUUUUGCGGUAGCCACGAGCACAACAGUCAGCGUGACAACCGCCUCCACCGAGGAAAGUGCAACUGAUAGUGGAUCAACUACUGCAGACUACCAUAAUCAGACCAUUAGCAGUGAUAGUGGCAAGUUAGAUGUUGACGUUGUCAACGUGACAACAACGACGCACCUGCCGGUGACUGCGCGAGCGGUGCACCGAAAGCCACUGUUUUCUACCGGAAAUCGGCUCUGGGAUGCCCUGAUAGCGGAAUGUAUCAGAAAGCCCACCUUUGCAUGUAUUCAGAAAAAUGUGUACAGUUUCUUGGGCGAGUCGCUGGACGUCGGUGACUUUAACGUCAGCAAUCGACUAGUGUUCGUUAAAAAUCGGGUCGAUUACACUAAGUACACCCGUGAGGCGAACGAAGAUGGGCAUCACGAAGCCGACAACGAGAUACCGGAUGCGAGAGCAGAUGACGAACCUACGUCUCCCAUCGAGGAAGUCACCUCGGCGCUACGCGGCAAGACGCUCAAGUUUAUGCUGACACACGACCUAAACGUGCGUAUGCCAGAAAUCAUGUUCGACGGAGCCAUCUUUCGCAUCGAACCGCGUGCCAUUGAGGGCAACGGAAUGCUCGCCAAGCUGGAGUUUGUCCCACGCACAGCUAUCCAGUCCAGGGGUAUAACAGAGCCGAGGAUUCUGUUCAAGAAAAUUAAGAAAAUAUUCACUGGUAAACUGCUGCUCGCCUUUCUCGGGCUAAUUUUAGUGUUAAAGAUCAUCAAGAUCAAGGUCAUGUGGCUGUUCCCGCUGCUGGUCGGCGUCGGCACCGCCAAGAAGCUGGUUCUCAAGUUCCUGCUCUUCCUCUUCCCGGCGCUAUCUCAUAUAUUCAAACUGUGUUCCUACUACCACCAAUCGUAUCACAAGCCGAACUUCCACCAUCAUCAGCAUCACAUCAGUCAUCUGCACACGUUCCACCCACAUGAACACAGUUCCGCAAAUCUGCCGGAACUGAUCUACACCAAACCACCUCGUGGCCACCCGUCGGAGUACAUUCAUGGAGCGCCAGUUCCACCGCAUGCCCACUUCCAGCCGGAAUUCCACUACGAGUCAUCCGGGGUUGGACUAGGAUCCGAGUUCAUUAGCGAUAGAAACUCUUACGUAGACACCUCAUUCAAGCCAAAGUACGAGGAUUUGAGUGAUAUCACUGCAUGGGGUUUGGGCACUGGUUCAACAACAGCACCACCACUACAAUCAUCAUCAUUCUCUUCACCAUCCUACGGUAGUAGUCACAGUAAGAGCAGCAAUUUAAAUCCACUAAUGCAUCAUCAGCCAAGAAUCAUCGGUCCCAAGCCCGUGUACGGACCGCCUCCAUCAGCUCACGGACCCAGCUUCCUAUCGUUCGCCUCUAAGCGAACGCCGUCCGGGGCGGCUAGUUCUAUUGCAGCAUCGUACGCUUCCGCCCCGUCCGGUCCAACGAUGACGGCUGAGGAGCAGAUGAUCCGAGAAGCGCAACGCCAAGAGGCUUACAGGAUAGCCCAGGAGCAAAAGUUGAUCGCCAAACAGCAACAGAUCAUCAAUCAUCAGGCAUUCAUACAGGAAGGCGUCACUCCACGGCCAGUCGACCCGUUCUAUAGUCCCAUCCUGCAACGGAUGGACAAAGUGUUCAACGCGCUCGGAAUCGUCGAUGAACACUGCCGUGAAAGGCUUGUCUGUGCCAUGUACAAAACCCCACUCAAGUACAGUCCGCACAGUAACUACAUCUCAGCGGAAUUGAGCAGGGACGCAUCGGAGCUGCAAAAACCCACCUCGACGAACGCCGCGGUGAUACGAUUCUACCGAUACGUUCAGGCUGCUCGUGACGGACAGGACCAACGUGACUGUCGGCAGAUCUACUCGCUCUGCACAAUCAACGUUGACAAGAAAAAAUAGUGAAAUAAUUCACAAUAUUCCAGAAGGGGAGAAAGCAACGAACGUGAAAACAGUCAAACACCAACAUUUGCUCAAAUCACCCUGUAGUGGAACGAAUCCUGUUGUCACAUCAAAAUCUCCCAGAGCAAUCAAACUUUAAGUCCGAAAAAUUAGGAACAUAAUAUCGGCUUGCAUCUCAAAGAUCUUUUGCAAGACUGAAACGAACCCUCAGCAAAUGCAGGUUGAGUAUUUGAAAAACGGUUUCAGAAGAAAAUUAAAAAUACACCAAGUAGGUACUCAACAAGUUAAUUCGAAUUUCCAAGAAACCGAAAUAAGUGAAAAUUCUGUUCUAACCAAAAACACGUAAUUUCUAGUAUACGCACAAAAAGUAGAAAAAAAACUUUUCCGGUGUUAUCACACACAUUUAACAAUGACAAAAUCAUCAUUUAAAAAACAGCACCAGUUAUGGCGAUAAUUUUUCUUUACAAACUGUAAAUUACUAUGCAUAUAUGUUUGCUGUUAAAAUCUAAAAGGCAAAUUACUAGUGGUCAGAAUGAAGCACCCGCGAUAUUUUAAGUUAAUUUCAAUAGAAUGGGCGUUUUUUUGUGAUUUUUUAGGAAACAGUCAACAUUCCUUUUACGCUAUUAUUUCAAAAUUGCUGAUUUCGAUGUUCAAUAUCCCCAGAAUAUAUACUAUACCUCUGAAAUAAUACGCAAGAUUCCAUGAAUCUUAACAGAUAUAAUUGUGCAAUGAGCUACGUGACAUUUGUCGUAUCGUUUCGCCAUAGCUGGUGCUGAAUUAUAUUUUGGAGAAAAAGAUCAAGUAGACAACUCUAGAAUAGAACUACAUCAAAUGUUAACUUGAGAAUAAUGCCCAUCUCAAUUGACUAUAUAACACCACAAACGAAGUAGAUUUAGAGUAUGUAUAUAGUAAGUAGUCAAUCGGAAGAAACGGUACGCUAUGUAAUAGUUUGAGUCAAUUCUUGUAGUAAUUAGAUAAACCAGCUCUGUUAGCUGCGCCCAGAUUGUAUGCCCUUUAGCAUUAGCUGUAGGAUUGUGGCUGGUGAACCAUAGGACAAGUAGCAAACAAAUGGGUUAUCAGGUGUCGGAAUCCCGCUAGAGCUCUAAGUUAACUUGUAUAGUGCAAUUCGGAAACAAACAAUGCACACCUAGGUCAGCUUUUGAUUGGCCUUCAAUUUCCAAACCGAAGUGCAAGUACUCGAAAUUCAAUUUCAAUUAUUUCAAACUCCAUAAAGUUAAUAUUAAACAAAAUGGUAUUAGCGAGUAAUUAUUUAUUUAUUUAUUUAUUUAUGUAGCGUCGACUAAUAAAUUAUUUAUUUAUGUAAUUGCUGAAAACAUAACACUCAUUUCACUGUACAUUGGAAAAUAUUUAGGGGCAAUAAACAAGUACUUGAACUAGAAACAUA